CUUAGACAGACCAUGACAAAGUUCUGUCAAGAGCAUUUGGCUCCAAAGGCCCAACAGAUUGAUCAGGAAAAUGAAUUCAAAGGCAUGCGGGAGUUUUGGAAGAAACUUGGGGAAUUGGGAGUUCUGGGGAUCACAGCUCCUGCGGAAUACGGUGGAUCUGCUUUGGGGUACCUGGACCACGUGCUGGUGAUGGAGGAGAUUUCUCGUGCAUCAGCAGCUGUUGGGCUUAGUUACGGUGCCCACUCGAACCUUUGUAUCAACCAGCUCGUGCGUAACGGCAAUGAGGCCCAGAAAAACAAGUACCUGCCCAAGCUAAUCAGCGGGGAGCACAUUGGAGCCUUAGCAAUGAGUGAACCCAACUCUGGUUCUGAUGUUGUGUCCAUGAAGCUGAGAGCAGAUAAGAAAGGAGACUACUUUGUUUUGAAUGGGAACAAAUUUUGGAUCACCAAUGGGCCAGAUGCAGAUGUUCUUGUCGUUUACGCUAAAACUGAUGUUAACGUUGUACCAGCCUCCCGAGGCAUAACUGCAUUUAUUGUGGAGAAGGGAAUGCCAGGCUUCAGCGCAGCCCAGAAGCUCGAUAAGCUGGGAAUGAGGGGGUCUAACACCUGUGAAUUGAUCUUUGAAGACUGCAAGAUCCCUGCUGAAAACAUCUUGGGGACGCUGAGCAAAGGAGUCUACGUUCUGAUGAGCGGGCUGGACCUGGAGCGACUCGUGCUGUCUGGUGGGCCACUGGGGCUCAUGCAAGCUGUCCUUGACCACGCAAUUCCAUACCUACAUGUAAGAGAAGCGUUUGGACAGAAAAUUGGCCACUUCCAGCUCAUGCAGGGCAAGAUGGCCGAUAUGUACACGCGGCUGAUGGCGUGUCGGCAGUACGUCUACAACGUGGCCAAGGCCUGUGACCGCGGACACUUCAAUGCAAAGGACUGCGCUGGCGUGAUCCUCUACUCGGCAGAGUGCGCUACCCAGGUGGCUCUGGAAGGGAUUCAGUGCCUGGGUGGGAACGGUUACAUCAACGACUACCCCAUGGGGCGUUUCCUGCGGGAUGCCAAGCUCUACGAGAUAGGGGCAGGCACCAGCGAAGUGCGCCGAAUGCUCAUUGGCAGGGCCUUUAAUGCCACAUUUAAGUAACAUCCACUGCUGGGGAGGCAGCCCCCACACCACCACGAGGCCUUUGACCAUAGAGCGCACAA